AUCUUAUCUCUCGUGAUUGGGUAGCGUUUUGCGUCCUUGUUUCAUUGAAAUAUUAACGUUUGUUAUUAAGAUGCUGUUCAAUUGAGUGAGACUUAAAUUAUUGACAACUAAUAUGGCAGGAAGGACUGCAGGCAAGAAAGUUGGAAGGCGUAAUGCCCUGCUGGAUGCGAUGAACUCCAUGAGAGAAGAAUGUGCGGAAGACGCCGAGGAAGUCAAGUUUCAAAGGAUCGCAGAUAAAUUCCACAGCCUCAAGGACGUUUCCGACGCCAUAAAAAACGUCGGCGUAAAGGAAUGCGGCCUGAUAUUUGGUAUCGACUACACGUUGAGCAACCUUACGCAGGGAAAGAAGACGUAUAGUGGCCUGUCCCUCCACGACGUCCAGCCGUCUAGGUCUAAUCCUUACCAGGAGGUAAUCUGUAUUCUCGGAGAAACUCUGGAACCUUUUGAUGAUGACGGGAUCAUCCCGGCGUAUGGCUUUGGGGACAGGACAGUUAAAGACAAGGGCGUAUUUCCGCUCAAAAAGAACGGUGACUGUGACGGUUUUAUGGAAGUCUUAAAGGUAUACACAGAAGUGACACCCACAAUAAAACUAAAAGGUCCGACCAGCUUUGCCCCAAUCAUACGAAAGGCUGUGGAUAUCGUCAAGGAAAAACGAAAGUACCACAUUUUGGUGAUUGUCGCAGACGGCCAGGUGACAAACGAAAAGGAGACCAUCGAGGCAAUCGUUCAGGCGUCCGAGUUCCCACUGUCCAUCGUCGUCAUUGGUGUAGGGGACGGACCGUGGGACAUGAUGAAAGACUUUGAUGACAACCUCCCGGCGCGAAAGUUUGACAAUUUCCAGUUUGUGGGGUUUACCAAAGCGAAGCAAGGCGUGCGGAACCCCGAUGUGGCCGUGGCGCUAGCCGCCCUCAUGGAAAUCCCCGACCAGUACAUGUACAUUAAGAAGCUGCAUUUAAUGGAAAACCUAUUGUAAAAUCAUAACCUGUGAAUAUUUUUGGAAAAUAUGUCAAGACCAUGUCUCCUGAAGAAAGAUUUAUAUUUUAAGUCCCAUUAUGUUCAGAGAUGUAAACGUUUUUGUAUGUGUAUCCGAAAGACUUCUCUCAAUCUAUUUGACAUUUUAAUCCCCAGAAUGAUAAACAAAUUUGAUUGCAAUUACAAAAUGCAACAUAACCGAAGGUUAACCUAAAUUUAGCGCGCACAACUUCAUUGCGAAAUUCGCAUAUCACCUGACUUCCUACAAACCACGCGUUUUUGAUAAAAAAACGUUGCUACCGCGGGAGAGAUUGCUUCAUCGCGGAAAAUCGUUGGCUAACGCGGAAUAUAUUACCGCGGUAGCCAACGCGUACCACGUAUCGCCGCGAAUCGAAGAUUAUAGAUGUGAAUUGAACCUUGCUCGCAGAAAGUAUUUCACUCGAUUGUGAGGGUAAACAAUCUCAUCCUCGAAACUUGAUGAUUAUAUUGCUGGAAUAUUGAGUGUUUCUUUAAGUUUUUUGAUAAGUUAAUUGACUCGAGUUAUUAUUUAUAUAUAAUUCCCAAUACCACAAGUUCAACGAAUACAAUCGAAAUUUAGAUUUUUACGAAAAUGCUGACAAUAGCGCCUGAAUACUUUCACAGCUGCAUUUUAGCAUUAAUUUCAGGGGUCAAACUACAUUUUGAGUACGAACCAAGAUUUGUGAAUAACGGUUCGAGUUUGUAUCUGUUUAGUAAAACUGACUAGAAUCAUAUGUGAAAAAAUGAAAAAGCCUUCAGACAAUUGACAGCUAUCAUAAUUAACGUUAGUUAACAGUUUUAAAAGCCGCGUAUCGCUGUGACCGCGUAACGCUGUGGAAAUUAUAGUUAUGAACGCGGUGGACAUUAUGCUUCAAUCGCAACGUGUUGUUAAAAUUAGAUUAAAAUGAUAACAUCCGCGGCAAAGAAAAUCGCGGCGAUGGGCGAAGUAUACAAAAAGCGCUUGGUUGGUAGUGUACCUAAAAUUCUAUGAUGCCAUAUAUUCUUCAGAUUUGCACUUUUUAACUCAGAAUCUCUAGUUUUAAAUAAAAAAAUACACAAACUAA